AUGCCAAUGGCCAAUUAUCUGUUCGAAUUAGAUCGUCGCCAGACAGUGUCGUAUGAAUACGAUUCGGCUUGAUGGUUCGGCCAUCUUAAAUUGCAUUGUCAUCUGUAUGACUGCACGGUUUUUAAGUUCUGUAAAGUACCGGGACUCAUUCUCUGAACUUUAUUGUAAAAUUGUGAUAUCGAAGAUCUUUGAAUAAUGUCAGGCGGAGCUUUAUUUGGCAAUAAUGCCACGCGUGGUGCAACCAAGAAUUUGGUCGAAUUUAAAGCUGGGAAAAUGACUAUGAAGGGAAAAAUGGUCAACCCAGAUACUCGAAAGGGACAAUUGUAUGUUUAUCAGUCUGAUGAUUCUCUUAUUCAUUUUUGUUGGAAAGAUCGUACUACUGGAGUUGUGGAAGAUGAUUUGAUCAUCUUUCCUGAGGAUUGUGAAUUCAAGCACGUCCCUCAAUGUAAAACCGGUAGAGUUUAUCUUUUGCGAUUUAAGUUAUCCAGUCGUAAAUUCUUUUUUUGGCUGCAGGAUUUAAAGACCGACAAAGAUGAAGAACAUUGCAGAAAGAUUAACGAAGUUCUGAAUAAUCCACCUACACCAGGAUCCCAGAGGAGCGGUGGUGGAAAUCCAGAAGGAGAACUACAAAACUUGUUGAAUAAUAUGUCUCAGCAACAAUUGAUGCAACUCUUUGGUGGUGUUGGUCAAAUGAGUGGUCUUGGCACAUUACUUGGUUCAAUGAAUAGGCCACAUGGUGUUCAGAGUACAAGAGUAUCCAUUACUUCUGCUUCGACUCCUGUAACUACAAGCGUUGCUAGGCCACCUGCAGCACAGACUCCCGCACCUACAGCUAUUACUGAAACUCCUAAACCAGCUCGUUCUAAAACGUCUACAAGGACAACACCAUCAGCUGCAUCAGAAAGUGAAUCAAGUUCAAGUAAUCCCAUCCAGUUGAGUGACUUGCAGAGUUUCCUUUCUGGCAUCCCUACUCCUGCUGGUGCAGAACCAGUUGUUCAGAGGGGCGUAGCGACCGAGCUGACCAAUGCCAUCCCAUCGGCAUUCUCUGCGACGGGAAGUCUGGAGCGAGUAAUGAGCACGCACUUGCCGCCCGGGGACAGCCUGUGUACCACGCUAUCAUCUCCCCAGUUCUCCCAGGCGCUAUCAAUGUUCUGGUCUGCUUUGCAGUCGGGCCAGGCGGGCCCUGUCAUCCGACAAUUCGGAUUGGGUGCUGAUGCAGUGAACGCGGCGGCCAGUGGAAAUCUUGAAGAAUUCGUCACUGCCUUGGAGUCAGAGGCUAAGAGCGAACAGGAUCAGGGACAGCAAGGACAAGACGAUAAGAGCAAGAAGCAACAACCACCCCAGGGAGGCGGUUCCUCCUCUGACAAGAAGGACGACGAUGACGAGGGAAUGGCGUUAGAUUAAAUUUUCAUACCACUUUGAUUCUCUUCUCAGUAAAGUGGAUCAUUUGCGUUUUCUUUUUAAUUUUACUUUUUUCAAAGUCAUUUAUUUCUGAACGUUAAUCAGCGUACACUCCAGGAUACGAUAGCGUAAUGGACAGAUAAAUAUUCUGACCACAAUUUCAUUUUUCCGUUUGCCAAGCGACGUAUUAGGCUAUGAUAAUGUUCUGUUGAAAAUUGAACCUUUCUUGUUUCUGCUUUAUAUAUCUGCGUCAUAUAACAUACAAUAUUUAUAUAAUUCAUUCAAAUUUGUUCGGCUCAACGUACCGUAUGUGAAUGAUAAUGCAAUUAGUCUGCGAUUGGUACAGUUUUAUGAAAAUUUUUUAUGUAACGCCUGUCUACUAUGUUUAAAUGCUCAAUGUUGCUUUACAAUAAACAGAAAACAAGGGUUAAUAUUAUAUCUGAAUUUUCGCAACAAACGUAGUUUUUGUAUUGUGCUUGAUGCUUCUCAACUGUAAGAUUAUUCGGAUCAAUCGAGCGACUUACAUUUACGUACGAUGCAAAUAUUUGUAAAAUAAUCCCAUCUCCAGGAAUUAAAUAAAAAAAAAAGAAAAUUA